AUGGCACAGCAGCAGCAGCAGCAGCAGCAACAAGAAGAACAGAAGCUGGAGGGUUUGGGGAUGUCAGGCAGGGCCUCGCGUUGCGCACGGGCUGAUGAUGCGGUGCUGGUCUCGACGCUUGGCUGCGUUGCCGGCGCAUUGAUGGCGAAGGGGUCUUGGGAGUCCGCGCUGCGCGUUAUUCCGCUGGGCGUGACUGAGCUCCCGCCUCUGCUUCGACUGGCACGGCUGAGGGCGCUGCAUUGCAGCGGUGACUUCGGCGAGCAUGCCGCGAUGCUGCUGGAGUCCGAGACAGAGUCGUCGGGGCGUGGGCGUCGACGUCACGGCCGCCACAAAAUGCCAGAGGGUGUGCGCAGGCUCGUCAAGAAGAUGCAGGCGGACAAGGCGUUUCACUGGUGGGAUGGUCGCAGCUGA